AAGAGUUUGAUAGACAAAGCAAGUAAUUCAUCCUGCACGGUCCUGAGUUUUUGAAAUUUGACACUGAACCUCAACGCCCAAGAUGGCGCAAUUGAUGGGAAAAUAUUUAAAAUUGCUUCUUUUAUUGGCUUGUGUGUACCAUGAAUGUGUUGGCGAGAUGGUAGCCAAGUGUCCCCCAUACUACAUACAGCGCGGGGGCACCAACGACUGCUACCUCUUCCAUGGCUGGUCCAAGCGAACCUGGAACGAUGCCCAGGCGUACUGUGAUGCUGAGAACGGCAAUCUUGUUAACAUCGGGUCCAAAGAUAUGGCGGAAUGGAUCGCCCUGCAAAUCGUAGCGAGCGGCUUGGUCGGGGACUCAUCCGAGUUUUGGAUUGACGCUAAAUAUUCGGACAACAGCAGCACGUGGUAUUGGGUCAACACCGGUCAACCCGUCAACCUUGAAUACCUACCGGAAGACCCGCGCCCGAGAGAUGGGCUGUACGGCGUCAUCACCAUUGACACUACGCUGCUCGGACACCCCCCGGACGAUGAGUAUCACUUCAUCUGCCACCGUGAGAUCAGUGAGCCAAUGUACUGCGAUGUUGAGGACGGGUGGCGGUACACCAUGGACAGGUGCUACAAGACAUCUGACAGUUCAACUACGUGGCUGGACGGAGAAGCGCAGUGUCGGGACGUGAGCGGUCAUCUCAUCACAAUCCACGACUUUCAGGAGCAGAACUUUGUCUUUGACGAAGGGGUCAGGCAACACGACAACGUCUGGAUCGGCAUCACCGAGCUGGGCCAUGAAGGAAACUUCACGUGGAUUGGAGAGAGCAGCAGCUUCUUGCUAUGGAACGAAAAUCUGAGCAUGCCAGUAUCAAUGAACGGUUACGCCAGCGGGGUGGUCGACCAUGAAGUCUCCCCUGGCAAAUGGGUGACUGAGGACUCAAGGAACGAUAACCACUUCAUCUGCCAGCGGGAGAAGGGUGCUUGUGUGAUGGGCUGGCAGCUGUACGGGGACUCGUGUUACUACUUCAACCGUCAAGACGACGACAUCGUCACGUGGGACACCGCGUACGAUCUCUGCGCGGGGGUGGGUGCCCACUUGGCCAUCAUUGAGACCGCUGACGAGGACGGCUUCUUGCACUCGUCAUUCAGCGGCGGGGAGUAUCUCUGGCUUGGCCUGUACUUGAACAAAAGCGAUGAAGGCUUCAUGUGGAUUGACGGCACACCGUACUCGCGAAACUACACCAAGAUGUCUGAAGAAGAUGAAGCGAGCGCCAUCGCAGCUGGGGAUAGGAAGUGCGUGUAUGCUCGGUUGACGGAGAGUGGCGAAGAGACCUGGACUCCAGUCGUGUGCACCGACACCCACAAGCACGUGUGUGAGGUUGACAAGAGCACGCCAGUCCACAUCCCGCCCGCCCCAUUGAACCAGUACUGCCCUGAGGGCUGGACGCUCUACCAGGACUUCUGCUACUACGCCUCGCAGGAGGAGAUGUCAUGGACUGCGGCCGAGAACCAAUGCUCCAACCAAGGCGGACACUUGGCCUCAGUCACCUCAUGGCCUGAGCAGGACUACAUUCAUACCCACGUACUGAGCAGCAGUUGGAUCGGCCUCAAUGACCGCAAAGAAGACGGAAGUUAUCAGUGGAACGAUGGCAAAAUCGUUACCAUUGUCAACUGGAAUACGGGAGAGCCCAGUGGUGGAAGCGAGAACUGCGUAGAACUCCUGGCAGAGGGCGGGUAUUGGAACGACCUCGGGUGUUCUGCCCUGAAGACGUUCGUAUGCAAGAGGGCUUACUCUACCACGCCUCUAGCACCUGUCACUACCACUACACCAGCUCCCGACUCUACCAACUGCGGUUAUGGUUGGGAAGAGGAUACAACGACCGGCGUAUGUUAUAGGUUUUUUGCCGAACACAUGACAUUUGCGGACGCCAGACUACAUUGUCAGGAGCAGCACUACGUAGAGGGGCAAUCGCAGCCUGAUUUGGCCUCCAUCAGUACCGAACAGGAUCAAAUAUUCGUGCAGGGAGUGAUAGCACGAGCCCAGGUGCAGGAUCACUCGAUCUUCGUAGGACUCUCUAACGAUGUGGACGGUCUCUACUGGAGAGAUGGAGACCCCGUGGGUAUACUGAACUACGCUGACGGCGAACCUAACGGAUAUUACUACGAGUACUGUACUGAAAUAUACAACGAUGGCUUCUAUAAAUGGAACGACGGUUACUGUGAGAACAGACUUGCCUUUGUUUGUGAGAAGAAAGGCCUCGCUUACAGAGCUCCGACAAUUCCUGCCACAACCUCAGAAUGCCCCACUGGCUGGAAGAAGUUUAAUGAUGACUGCUACUACAUUUCGUCUGGGACGGAGCUCACGAAUUGGGAUGCAGCACGCAAAAUGUGCACCUACAUGUACGGCAGCAAACUUACGUCCAUCUACAGCCAGGAAGAAAACCAGUUCAUCUAUGAUUCGUUCGCAAACGAAUUGACGAGCGUGUGGAUAGGACUUCGGGCAGACGACACCGGCAACCUGACGACGUGGCUGGAUGGUGGCAGCGUCCAGUACAGCAACUGGUAUCCUGGUGAACCCAACGACUGGGCCGGCCACGAGAAAUGCGGAGAAAUGUACAUAUUGUCGAGCAACGGUGACGGGGCAGGCCAAUGGAACGACAAGCCCUGCGAGUCUACCGAGCGCUACGCCUGCAAGACUCUUAUUAAAACGUGUCCCGAAGGCUGGAGUUACAAGGAAGGCAAAUGUUAUUACGCCAGCACCAGUUGGGAGACCUGGCAUAACGCUAUCGCCAAGUGCAAGGAAAUCGAAGGCGAAGCCACGCUCGUCAGUUGGCACUCACAAGACGAAGUCGACUAUGUUCAAAGUUUACUAGACGAUGAGGUAGGUAACACCUGGGUAGGGUUGACGCGUGAUGCAAGUGGCGGCGACUGGUACUGGAGCGACGGUAGCGCUACAGACUUCAUCAACUGGAGGCCCGGUCAGCCGGACCACAACGACACGGAACUCUGCGCCCUAACCUCGUCUGUCCCCGACAGCGCCGGCUACGGGAUGCUCGACAACUAUCCUUGCAACGAGUCCUAUUAUUAUGCCUGCGAGUUUUUCCCCAAUAGUAUCUUUUGCUUUAUCGACAACUAUCCUUGCAACGAGUCCUAUUAUUAUGCCUGCGAGUUUUUCCCCACGCACAGAGUUACUUGCGACGAAGGCUGGUCGCGCUAUCACGGUCAUUGCUACGGCAGCAGCGACGUGCUUUUCCCCGGCGUUCACUUCACGUUUCAGGACGCUAGGAAGCAGUGCCAGGCGCUCGACGGAGACCUUGCGUCCAUCUGGUCAAUACAAGAAAAUGAUUUCGUCUACAGUUUGAUUCCUGAGAACACAGAAGACCACUUCUUGAUCGGGCUGCAGGGCCUGGGCACGGAUGGUCCUCUCACCUGGAGUGAUGGCACCGACACGAUCUACUCUAACCUGGCCAUGAUAAGCAAGGAAGACCCGCUGGACUGCUACUCCUUAACCUCCCAGUCUGGCCCCAAGUGGGUGGGCACUUCUUGCGCUGGGGCCAACUACUUCAUCUGCAAGAAAGCUGAGACCAUCACUUCUCUGACCCCUCCAUCUUCUGGGUGUAAAAAUGUUGACGAUCAUUACCAAGACCGCGGCACCUCCUGCUACACGGAAGUGGCCACAGCCAGGACCUACAAGGACGCCAAGGCAGACUGCGAAACAUCCUACGGAGCUCAUUUGGUGUCCAUACACGACGCGGUGGAGAACGCGUUUGUCUCUGCCAUUUAUGGACACCUUGGAGACAAAAUCUGGAUUGGGCUUCAGGAGAAAAUAAAUAGCGACGGCACCGUUAAAUUCCAGUGGGAUGAUGGCACUGAAUUUGCGUACGACAACUGGGGAGAGUAUGAGCCUUACGCGGAUUAUGGGGAAUGUAGCUACGCAUCGGGGAGUGGGGCGACCCUGGGGCUGUGGUACAUCGACGACUGCGUGAGGUCACAUCCAUAUGUCUGUGAAUACGAACGCACGGGCUUCACUACAGUUAAGCCUCCCGUGACGACUCCAGCACCAGCGUACUGCGCUCCUGGCUUUACAAUCUAUUUAUCCACCCAGUCCUGCUACAAGGUGUUUGCCGGGGACCUGAAGCCUGAAGGGUUGGCAGAGCAGAGCUGUCAGCAGUACGGGGCUCAUCUCGUUAGCUUCCACAGCGAACAAGAGGAAACUUUCGUCAGGAAACUCCCUGACUUCUCCGCCAUGAACACUUCCUCCUUCUGGUCAGGUCUUCGAGUCACUUCUGAACAAGGCUACCAGUGGCUGGAUGGUUCGGCCACCGACUACCUGAACUGGGCCAACAACCAGCCAGACUCGCAUCUUGAGAGGGAGGAGUGUGUCAACGUUAACAUUGACAACUCCAAGUGGUCCGAUACUUACUGUGAUGGUUACCUACCCUACGUCUGCAAGGCGCCGCAGGGCAUGACGAUAAUGACGACCCCUGCCCCCAUCACAAGUGCCCCCGAUGUGCCCUGCCCCGACUUCCCCGACGACCCUGUAUGGGUCGCGAACGGCGCGCACUGCUACGGUAUUUACUCGAAGACUGAAGCGCAGACGCUGGCCUGGGUCGAGGCGCGCAAGGAGUGUCAGAGGAAGAAGGCGGAACUUGUCUCUAUUUUGGACGUGCAGGAGAACAGCUUUGUGGUGUCCAAAGUUUACAAACACUCGGACACGAGCAUGUGGACCGGCGGGCACGCCGACUAUGGAGGAGGCUUCUACUGGGCGGACGGCCAGCCUUUCGACUUCCAGAACUGGGCUGUGGGCGAACCUAACAAUUAUUAUUCUCAGGAAUCAUGCGUAUCGCUGUACCCCCACAACUUCGGGUACUGGAACGACGACAACUGCGGCAACGCGCACGGCUUCAUUUGCAAGAAGCCUAUCGGGGCCACGGCCCCCCCGUACACUACCGCCGCCCCUCCUGCGGGCCACUGCCACCAAGGCUGGGUCCAUGUCGCUGGCAAAUGCAUCAAGCUUGUGAACGAGACGGUCAAGUUUGAUGACGCCCAGAAAGCCUGCCGGGAAAGCGGCGUGAACAGCAACCUUGUUAGCAUCCACGGCUCCCAAAUGCAAGCUGUGAUCACGCUGCUCAUGACGACUACUGAUGAACCUGCCUGGAUUGGUCUGCGGUCUCAGUCAAACUACAAGUGGACAGACGAGACGCCGGUGAACUACGCAAAUUGGGGGCCUCUCGAACCCAGCGGUGGAAUCAGCGACCCCUGCGUGGAAACAAUGCCUGAUUCCGGCUUUUGGACAGCGAUCGAUUGUGCCCAGAACAGAUCCUACAUCUGCGCUCAGAACCCAGAUCCUGAACUGAGCACGGACUCCCCUCCCCCGAAAUGCGCGAGUCCGUAUGAGAACUUCAUCAGUUUCGAGGACUCUUGCUACAAGUUGGUGCUUGAUCCCAAGACCUGGCAAGAGGCCGAGGACUACUGUAUAUCUCAGGGCGCCCACCUUACAUCAGUUGAACGCAUCACGGAAAACUCGCUUAUUUUUGCGAUGGCCGCUGGGUACGGCGAAGAGAACUUGUGGAUGGGACUCAACUCAAAUAAGAAGGCGGACCAGUACCUGUGGGUGGACGGGUUCCCGGUUCUCUACACGAACUGGGGGCCACGUGAACCUAACGUGAGCAACACGGACAACCGCUGCGUCAUGAUCAGCUCCACGGCAGACGGAACCUGGUACAGCCGCCCCUGUGACCAGCUACAGCCCUUCGUGUGCAAGCAUAGUGAAGGCUUCAUCCCAACCCCCGACCCUCCAAGUGACGGCAAUUGUCCAAACCCCCAUUGGUUAGACUUUGGAGGGGGUUAUUGCUACCUCGUCGUCACCGAUGUCACCAAGACCUGGAAUGAAGCUAAUUUAGGGUGCAUAGAGGAAGGUGGCAACUUGGUGUCGAUCCACUCGCAGACAGAGUCAGACCUCAUAAGCAAGGCGACGGCGACCUACCAACACAACCUCUGGUGCGGCCUCAUACAGCGUGACACCAGCUAUGCGUGGAGUGAUGGUAGUGCACUAGACUACCUACACUGGGACGAGGGUGAGCCCAACAGUCAGGACGAGAUCUGCGUCGAGAUGUACUACUACAACGAACGCGUGUGGAACGAUAAAGACUGUAACAACCAGCGCGGAUACGUCUGCAAGGCACCCAAAAUUGGUGGCGAAGGGCUACCGCCGUCCUCCGUGCAGCCAGGCGUGACCACCAAAAAGCCUGUGAACAAGAACGGGUUGUCUGGGGGCGCCGUGACGGGCAUCGUGAUAGGCAGCCUCCUGCUGGUGGCGGUGGUGGGCGUCGUGGGCUACUCCUACAGGAACAGACUACCUGCUCCCUCUGCCCUCCCCUCCUUCCUUACACGUUCCAGUGCUAGAGGCGCAGCUGGCGCGUCUUCAUCGGACGACUUCGUGACGCUGGCUGAUGGUGAAGAGCAACAGAGCAAGGCGUGAGGUUCGAACCCUCGACCCAGUGUUAUGUUCUGCACUAAGAAAAAUGGAGAGAAUUGGUCCAAAUGGCGACGUACUUUUUCCCCUUGUCUGGGUCUUCCAUACCCAGUUUUUCCCUGCAGUAUCAGUGCUACGUA